AUGGGAAAUAGUGAUAAAGGAGAGGUGAGUAUUCACCCAAAUAACAAUGAUAUAUGGGUUAGGGGUUUUCUAAUUGAAGAAGGGAUACAUUCGUCAAUUUAUAUGGCUAAAAUGAUUCGACGACCCACACAAGAGUCUCGAAUCAAUGGCUACCACCCUGUUAUGGUCGUAAAAACAACUUAUGCUUUCGAAAACUAUGACUUACUCAAUGAGAAGAAGAUUCUCGAUCUUUUUGUUGGUUGUCCAUACAUUAUUCAAUGCUAUGGAGACGAUACAACUAUCGAUUUUGAUUAUGAUGGUAAUAAAUUUGCAUUUUAUAAUGUCUUCUUGGAAUAUGCGUCUGGUAGGACCUUGGAUAAUUUUAUCAAUAACUCACCUUUGUACAACGAGUCCAAAGAAAUCAAGCGACACAUAAAGUCAAUUUUAAAAGGAGUUGAGUACAUUCAUAAGAAGGGUAUGGUUCAUUGUGAUCUCAAACCCGACAAUAUACUAUUGGUCAAAGAGCGAGAAGAUGAUAACUAUUUUGUAGCCAAAAUUGCUGAUUUUGAAUUGGCAAAGAUGGCUAAUGAUCGAACAAAUCCCACUCCUCCUAGAGGCGCUACAUUUUAUAGGGCUCCUGAAUGUUGGAGUAAACACAAAAUUCAAGAACAAUGUUCGGAUAUUUGGGCAGUGGGUGUCAUUGUUUUAUCUAUGAUUACGAAAAGAAGGAAGUGGAAUGAUAAGUUAACUAGACAUGUUUCAAAAGAGGCAAAAGAUUUUUUGCUAAAUUGCUUUGAAACUAAUCCAUCAAAGAGACCAACAGCAACGAUGCUUCUAAACCAUCCAUUUAUAAUAGACGUCUAG